CUGCGAGAGUUUAAUUACCAGACUUACCACCCCCAAAAAACCAGAUACUGGCUUCCAAAUUAGGCAACGAGCCAAUUUAAGUGGUGAGAUAGAGCUCUAAAUGCCAUUGAAUAAAGAAGAGAGGAGUGGUGGGGUGCUCCUUCAUCAAAACCCAAGAGGUGCCCCGUAACCACUUCUCACUUACAAAAAUAUAUAAAGUAUUGUCUAUCUGCUUGGUUUUCUUUUCCUGAUUCUCUCUCUCUCUCUCUCUCUCACAUACGCACAGAAACACACAGUUUGCGGCAAAAGACUGACUCCGCUCUCCGGCAUUGACCUCAGGCCGACCUCCGGAAUACAUUACCAGAUCGGUGACAGCCUCCUCAACUCGUAAGAGGCUCCUCCGCUGUGAAUUGCUUUGGGGGUUUUCACAGGAUGGCUUGAAACAAUGGCCAUAAGAGUUCAGUUCGUUGAUUGGCCGCAGAAUUCAGCUACUCGGAAGAAACUACAGCUUCAGCAUACUUGAAAAAAACAAAACACACAAUACAAAUAAGCACACCAGAGAAAAACAGCAAGAAAAAUUUCGCAGGUUGCAUGCAUCCAACCAUGAUAAACUUUGGCAGAGGGUUUCCAAUUCCGCAGGGAAAAGAAAUCCAGAUUGGGGCGCCCUGGGUUCCAGUGACGCCAGAAAAGCCCGCAGCAGCAGCUACAAGAUCAUCCCCUAUGAUCCCUGCUGCAGAAAGAGAAAGGCAGGGAAGCCAACUGGCAAGAUCAAAUUGGCAGGAACUGGCAGAAUAUCCUGCUGCUGGUUAUGCCCCUGAUGAACCAAACUGUAAUGGGGCGGUUCAGAAUUUUGAUCCAGUCCGAGCACUGGCUCUAAAUGGGGGAAAUUGUAGUUCGGAGGUCGCUUUUGCUGAGAAAAAUAGGAUGAUCAAUCACAUUGCUGGCUCCUAUGCACAAGCCUUCAUUAAUAACGGCCCCGGUUUCAAUGGUAUUCGCCUUACAGACCUGUUGCUGGCUGCAACCGGAGCAACACCAGAUGAAGGGAUUCAUCAGACAGAGAGGCCACGGGUUCCCAACCCGUAUUCUCAACAAAACUGCAACUGGAGUGUCCCCGACCCUGUUAGUUUGUUGCUCGAGGACCAAAAUCACAUCUCAGGUUCAAACCUGUGGAACAACACAGGAGGCAUACAGCAACGUGGAUUCCCCAUCCCCUACCAACCCAGUUACGACCUAAAUACACCACAAAAAACAGAAACAGAUGCUGCUUCUAGUGUCACAAACUCAUUCAAAUUUGCUCCAGUAACCCCAGAGCAAGCCAGGAAGUUGGAGAACAAGCAGCUUUCGGAAGUGCUGAAUUUCUCUGCAGAAAUCUCAAUUCAAGAAAAAGACAACCGGGAUAAUUUAGUUUCGUCGAUACAAAAUGAAUCUAUUGAGCACCAUUGUGAUGAACUUCUACAGAACAUUGUGGACUCAUCUUCCGCUGCCAUCCCUGCACCAUUCAGGGAAGAUAACAUUUCUGAAAGAGGAAGUGACCAAGGCAUUGACCUCAACAAGACACCAGAGCAGAAGACGCCCAAAAGAAGAAAACACAGGCCGAAAGUGAUAAUAGAAGGCAAACCAAAAAGAACUCCAAAAUCUGCAACUCCAAAAAAACCUAAUCUAAAAGAGAACCCAUCAGGAAAGAGGAAGUAUGUUCGCAGGAAAGGUCUCAAAUCUUCAACAACUCAAUUGGCAGAAGUUAACAAUGAGAUCACAGACCCUCCUGUUCGAUCAGCUGCAAAAACAUGCAGGAGAGUUCUGAAUUUUGACAUGGAAAAGAUGGGAGAUGAUAUCCAGGCUAAAACAGGUCAGCAUGACGAACUGCAGAACAGUAAUAACUGGGCCUUUGAUUUGAAUACAGUUACUCAAGCCACACAAUCAUGCAUCAGAACUAGCAGCAUCUCUGGAACAAAAUCAGCUGAGCUGCUUGGCCAUCAGAAUGGAUUAAUGGUUAAAACCCAGCAAGCAGAAAUCUCAUACAACCUUACCCAUCCCGAGAAUCAAAUGCCAACUCAUUACAUGUCACAGCCUGAAAGACCUCCUCCCAAAGCCCCACAAACUAUGAUGAGGGAUCUUCAAAUGAAAAAUUCAAAUGCCAUGAGAACUGCAAACAGUGGAAAUGUUGAGCCAUGGCAGGACAGUUUCAGAAAUGGUUUUACCUCCAUACACCAUCACAUCAAUGCAGAGGGAAUAGGCCAAAUUGUCUUUCAAGCACAAACUAAUCUUGAAAACCUUCAAAGAACUGGACAAGCACCGUUACAGAGUAUUCCUCAACCAGGGCCAAACAAUUUAGCUGAUCGCAGUCAGAGAAGGGGAUCCAAGAGAGAAUAUUGCCACACUAUUGAGCAAACACAUCCCCAUGCUGUAAAUCUGAUGGGUUCUUCAUUAUUGUGCCAGGAGAUAUUUCAGGUAGACAAAUAUAACAGUAACAGCUGCCAUAUUGGCAGAGAUUUUUCAGAAACUCCCAAGAAAAAGAGACUUGGAAGUGGUCUUGAUACAGACAGAUCAAGCAUGAAUCCAUGUAUUGCGGCUGAUGUUAGCUCAAAACAAGUCACAAUAAAUUAUGGGAAUGAUGUCAAUCAAAAUCAUUUUCCCGCUCAGAUGAAACAUGGGAAAUUGAUGCCGUUCUUGGAAAGUAACAAUGCUCCAAAAAAUCCAAGUAAUGGCAUCAACGAAUCCAUCAGUGACUGGUACAUUCGAUCCAUGGCCGCUCAAUGUCAUUUCCAAAGGCAACCCAUUUCAUCUGAACUGCCUUCACGUGCAGGGAAGACUGGAGAUUCAAUAUCCAAUGGAUCCAUUCAGUUCAACCCCUCAAGAACAGCUGAAAAAUGUAACCUGCUGCCAGUAACUCCUCCGAAAAAUGCCCCAGCAUCCAGUUAUAGCCAAGGCACUGACAUUUGCCAUUUCAAUAGAUCAGCAAAGAAGCAAACAACAGUAUCAACAUUGUCCAAUUCGGUUACAUCCAGUUCAGAUAAAGGGCUUCUGCUACGCAAGAAUUCAUGUAAUUACAAUCAGCAAUCCCCCAUCAAGACAACAGGUUCACCUGAAAUACAAAAAUACCGUGUUCCAAUUGACGAGAUUAUAUGUCGAUUGAAAGCACUAGACUUGAACAGCAGGAACAAUGAUACGGUAGGGGAAGAGCAAAAUGCGCUUGUCCCUUACAAACGAGAUGAUCAAAUAGUUCCAUAUGGAGGGCAUGAUCAUAUCAAGAAACGUAGGCCAAGGCCAAAGGUGGACCUUGACGCAGAGACAACUAGGCUAUGGAAACUCUUGAUGGAAAAGGAGGGAAGCGAGGACCCUGAAGGAACAGAUAAGGAGAAGGAAAAAUAUUGGGAAGAAGAAAGGAAAGUCUUCCGUGGACGAGCUGAGUCAUUCAUUGCACGCAUGCACCUUGUUCAAGGAGACAGGCGUUUCUCGCAGUGGAAAGGAUCAGUUGUUGACUCUGUGAUAGGAGUUUUCCUUACUCAGAAUGUAUCAGACCAUCUUUCAAGCUCUGCAUUCAUGUCCCUCGCAGCACGAUUUCCACCCCAGUCAACCAGCAACAACAGAACAUGCUAUAAGGGUGAGACAAGAAUACUGGUUGAAGAACCAGAGGACAGCGUACCAGGCACAAAUGACACCAUCAAAUGGAAUGCAAAGGCAUCAGGUCAAACAAUAUAUAACCAAAGCUCUACAACACCCCAUGAAUCAUCGAGGUUUAAUGGAGACUGUGUGACCUCAGGAAGAAGAGCAAACUUAGUCGAAGCGAAAAAUCAAAGAGUAGAGGAAGAAGUCCUUUCAUCACAAGAUUCUUUUGACUCCUCUUUGAUUAGAGCUGCUGGAGGAAUCAGAUCUUCCUCAGGUUCAAACUCAGAAGCAGAAGAUUCAACUACCGCCUGCAAACCCAGCGGAAUCCAAGGUUCUACUUCAAUAAAUCUUCAGCAGAUUAGCAAGACUGCCAUGUUCAAGGAAUUUCACUGCCAUGAAAAUGCAAGCUCAUUUUUUUAUGACAGCUCCAUGCAUGUGCAUACGCAAUUAGAAGAUGUAGAGCAUGGCAGCCAAAAGAUAGCAUUGGAAGGAGUAGAUAACCCAAAAAACUCAUCAGCACUUACUUACACAACCACUACUACCGAUCCACCUAUGCAAGCACCAAUUCAUCUUUCCAGUAAUUAUCAGUUGCACAGGACUCCAGAUGCUGGAAUACAAGAAGUAGACUGUUUGGAUCUAUGGGGAGAAGAAAGCAUUUCUUCUUGGGCUUCAAAUACUUCCAGAACAAGCAAGGCAAAAGAUGAUAACUCUACGAUCAAAAAACAUGGACAAAUGGCAGAAAACAUGGGUAAAAUGAUGGUCCAACAUGAUGGACUAUUUAGACCUCAAGGAACGCCAUUAGUGGGACCAUACGCAUUAUCAAGCAAGCACCAAAUCAAUCAAUAUGGAUCUCACGUUAAGAAUAAUCAAUGUCCAUGCAACAAUGAUCAACAUGAGAGGAUGAAAGCCUUGGAAAGCUCCUCAGUUACAGGGCCCGUAAAUCUCACUGAAGCAAAUGCCAGAAGGCAGAACAAUACCAUGCAGCAAGUCUCCAAUGUCCCCAAGCUGGCACAAGAAGCUUCUGAUAUUGAUAAGAGAGUCUCCCUACAGGAAAAACAAACACAGUUAGAGAAAUAUAUGGCUGAACCAACUCUAAAGCAGCAGGUUCAUUUUUCCAACAAGGCAUAUAGUGCAGCAAAUACCAAUAGUUCAAAAGGAAAGAGAGGGAAGAUUGAGGGCGAAAAAAAGAAAUCACGUGAUUGGGAAAGUUUAAGAAAGCAUGUGCAGUCCACUAGUACAAAAAGAGAAAGAACCCAAGCUACAAUGGAUUCACUGGACUACGAAGCAUUGCGAAAUGCUAGUGUUCGUGACAUUUCUGAUGCUAUCAAAGAACGAGGCAUGAACAACAUGCUUGCAGAGCGGAUUAAGGCCUUCCUCAACCGGCUGGUUAAAGAACAUGGAAGCAUCGACCUAGAGUGGCUAAGGGAUGCCCCACCUGACCAAGCGAAAGAUUAUCUGUUAAGUAUAAGAGGAUUAGGGUUAAAGAGUGUCGAGUGUGUGCGGCUUUUAACAUUACAUCAUCUCGCUUUCCCGGUUGAUACAAAUGUUGGACGAAUAGCUGUGAGACUGGGAUGGGUUCCCCUUCAACCACUGCCUGAGUCACUCCAGUUGCAUCUCCUAGAAUUGUAUCCCGUGCUGGAGUCAAUUCAGAAAUAUCUGUGGCCGAGACUUUGCAAACUGGAUCAGCGAACAUUGUAUGAGCUGCAUUAUCAGAUGAUUACAUUUGGAAAGGUUUUCUGCACAAAGAGCAGACCAAAUUGCAAUGCAUGUCCAAUGAGGGGGGAGUGUAGACACUUUGCAAGUGCUUUCACAAGUGCAAGACUUGCUCUGCCCGCUCCAGAAGAGAAGAGUCUCGUGAGUGCACCAGUUCCCAUUGCAGCCAACAGAAAACCAAGUAUAGUCGUUAAUCCCAUGCCACUACCUUCACCUGAGAAAGAUCAAAUUGGAGUGACAAGGUCAGAAACUGCAAACUGUGAACCUAUCAUUGAAGUACCAGCAACACCUGAGCCAGAAAGCAGAGAAAUAACAGAAACUGAAAUAGAAGAGGCAUUCUACGAAGACCCUGAGGAAAUUCCUACAAUCAAACUCAACAUUGAAGAGUUUACAACAAACCUGCAAACUUACAUUCAAGAAAACAAGAUGGGCCUUCAAGAAGGUGACAUGUCAAAGGCUUUGGUUGUUUUGAAUUCAGCAGCUGCUUCUAUCCCCACACCAAAACUGAAAAAUGUGAGCCGGCUACGAACAGAGCACCAAGUGUAUGAACUUCCAGAUUCACACCCUCUGCUCAAUAGGAUGGAUAGGCGAGAACCGGAUGAUCCAAGCCCAUACCUUCUUGCUAUAUGGACACCAGGUGAAACUGCAAAUUCAAUUCAACCGCCAGAGAGAAGGUGUGGAUGGCAAGAAUCAGGCAAACUGUGCAAUGAGAACACAUGCUUUUCUUGCAAUAGCAUAAGAGAAGAAAAUUCACAAACAGUGAGAGGCACUCUUCUGAUACCAUGUAGAACAGCAAUGAGAGGAAGUUUUCCACUCAAUGGCACAUAUUUCCAAGUUAAUGAGGUGUUUGCAGAUCAUGAUUCUAGCCUUAACCCUAUUGAUGUUCCAAGGGCAUGGAUAUGGAACUUACCAAGACGGGCGGUAUACUUUGGAACUUCUGUAUCAACAAUAUUCAAAGGCCUGACAACUGAGGGAAUCCAGUACUGCUUCUGGAGAGGGUUUGUUUGUGUGCGAGGAUUUGACCAAAAAACACGAGCACCCCGACCUUUAAUGGCCAGAUUGCACUUUCCAGCAAGUAAGUUGGCCAAGACAAAAAAUGAAAAAAGAAAAAAGAAGGGAUAAGUAGGCCAGAAGGAGAAAUCGAAAGUUUAAGCUACUAACCAAGAUCUGUCCGUCUUGGAAAAAAGAGUGCCGACCAAGUACAAGAGCAGAUCGUUGAUUAACAUGUUGUACAUUCAAUUACUCCCCCUCUGACAUGGGGUGAAUUCACCGCAUGUUGUGCAGGCAACAAAAAGGAAUUUCUGUUUAUUUUAAGACAUCCCAUUGGUAAGUGGGAAUGUAGUCCAUACAUGGUUAACAUUAAGAUUAUUUCAAUUCAUGCUCGAAACCGAGCCAUUUUUCUGAGAUCAGCCAAUGUCACCAAAAAAAAGGGGAAAAGGUGUUGUCUAAGAUAUCAUUUUUGUCUCUUGACAUUUAUUUAUGUAAGAAUGGAUGGCAAUACAUGCAACACAAAGGAAAAGCCUUCCAUGUAGUACAUGUAUUUGGUGACAUUAUUUUGAGGUUUCUAAUAAAACUUUUCAACUUUCAUCUA